AGUUGCGCAAGGCUAGCUGUCAGGCUGUUCCUGUUUAAUAUCUACACAUGUAUAUUGCACUUCCCGAUUCCUAUAGCUCCUUCUCGAGAAUAUCGCCUGCCUGCCUACCUACGUGUGGAGCUAUUCGUUAUGUACCUGUAGCUCUUUCCUGUACCGUUGCUUUUGUUAUUAGUCUCAAGUUUCGAGUCGAUCUCGUCUCGUCAUACUACGUAUGGCACGAUUCACGCUCCCGUUCCAUUCCUCACCGACCAGGUGAAUUGCCAUGAGGUACCAUAUCGAAUUCGGCGCGGCCAGAAUUUUGUAUGCAGCUUGAUCGCUGUGAUUAUAAAGAGGGGGGAAAUACUGCUACGGCAACAGCGACCAUGGCGAACCAUCAGUCUAGUAAUCAAAAUGGCGUCGCGCCUCAUUUCGACCAACAAGCCUAUCCAAGGCCUGGCCAAGGUGUCUAUCAAUCUCAAGAUACCUCGAAACCAUUCACUCUGAACGAGGCCCUUCCCUAUACCCCGUUCACAUCGGUCUUUCCUUUUGAGCCUGAUAUCAUUAGCAAUCCUACUAUCGGCUCUGGGCCUCUCGCACCGUCACUUGCGAGCUUCGUUUCUAGAGAGGAUUACGAUGCGCUGAAUAAGGAAGCCGAGACCUCUGGCCACUCUAAGCGUGUUGAGGGAAGCCUUGAGUUUGUGCAACAUCUUCUUAAGGCUGAAAAAAUCACAAAAUUCCAAUUUAAGAACAUGCCGAAAACCACAAUACCGACCAACAAGCUACCGAAAAACCUUGCUGAUGGGAUCCCACCGUUUGCGAGGAUGAUAUAUGACAAUACGGCUGUGUCCUUCCGUCAUCCCACUGCCGACGCUUCCAACGCCUCGACACCAAAUGGCCACGGCGUGUCACCUCGGAUCGCGAAGAGAUCCUCACCCAAAGCUCGCAGACAGGAGACACCUAAGAUUGUCAAGCAUAACCCCGCUACUACAAACAUGCAAGCAGUUGCUCACAACAAUUCCCGUAUAGAGAUCCAUCUUCCUACAAGAAAGGAGCUAGACGCUGCUACAUCUUUAUACACACCAACAAGACCUCUCGCUUCGUCACCUUCUCCGGCAACCCAAGCUCAGUCUCAGACAGUCUCACCCGCGGACCUAAUGGUGGCACCUAGAACACCUGUUGUACCUCCUUCACAUAUUGGACAAGUGCCUCUUCCACCAAUCACCAAGGUGGAACCUGACGUACCACAGUCGAUAGAGGCUGUGUCGCCGAAGGUGGAGGCAAUAGAGUCUCUGAAGCAAGUCCCCUCGUUAACAGACCAAGCCCAACACGCACGUUCGUCAACAACUUCUAGGCAGGGUAUCAUUAGGGUUGAACUACCUGCUGCGAGCUUUAACAAAGACGAGUUUGCUGUAGUUCCCAAUUCACCUGACACUCCGACGCACUUGUCCACAAAAAGGAAAGGUGUUCCUCACGAUGAACUGGACGAUCCUCUGGGUGGAGAGCUCAACCAGCGCGAGCUCGCCAAUGCUGCCUUUACGGACCUGCGCAGAUGUAUUCAAGAGAUAUUUACUGCCGAGGACCGCUUAUCGAGUGAACAUGGCGCUGCGUCGCAUCUGGUCACAUGGACGAAUGAGCAGGAACCUACCAUGACAAUAGCUGCCCAUGAUAAAGCCCAGAGACAGAUAACUAGAGCGAUUGACCUUGGGUGUUUCCGCCAAGCGCCCCUAGACGACCUCCUUCGCAUUCAAAAUUUGAGCGAAGGAUCUUUAAAGCAUGCUGACACGCUAGAUUUCAAGAUAGACGAGUCGUGGGGCGAGACUGAAGUUGGAUUUUGGGUUCAGCAACUCCUAUUCAUUGAAAUGGGCCUUAAAGCUGCUCGUACAUCACUCCGUAUUAUGUGCGGUGGACGAGAGGAGAAGCAGCUAUACUCCGAGGACCUCAUUCAACAAGGGUUGAACCUAUUCAGAAAUGUUAUUAGUGACAUUAUUAUUCCCACGGCUGAGUUGCGAAGCACUGGGUCUACAAGCAAUUUAUUUCGGCAUCUGGCGACAUACAAGAAGCCCAUUGGCACUCUUUUCACAACCUGUCAAAAGGUCUUCUCCUUGAUGUCCGACCUAAUAGCCGGGAUCGACCUUUCUGAAACUGUCGUACACACUCUCGAGUACGUAGCUUCGCGUCUCAUAUUCGUAGAGAACGCCCAUACAGAGAAGGAUUCGGUCGUUGGUGUGCAGAAGUUUGAUGCGCUCCGCCUAGUUGCUAUGAACGUUCUAUCGCAGAUAUUCUUGAUGAAUCCUUCACAAAGAGAAGGUAUCUUCAAUGAGAUCUUAACAUCACUUGAGAAGUUGCCUAUUGGCAAGCAAAGUGCGAGGCAGUUCAAGCUGUCUGAAGGCAAAAGUAUCCAACCUGUAUCGGCUCUGAUUAUGCGAUUGAUACAAGCAAGUGGUGGAAAGGUAGAUGAUCGCAAAGAGAAAACUCGUGGCCGAAUGAUGCAAACCAUAGCAGAGGAUGACGAAAAUGGCGCUUUUGCUUCCACCAAUGAUACUCAUGGAAAAGGGGACGUUACUUACACGGUUAGAACAGAGGAAUCCGCUGCGAUUCAACACUCGACAACGAUUCAAGAGCUACAAGCUCUUGGGAAGACGCUUUCUGAUGGUGCUUGCCGCAACGCUACUUACGUUGUGAACUUCAUAGUAAAGCGAGCAUUAAAGUCGACUAAGUCUGGGGAUACACCGUAUCGCAAUUUGCUAGAUUUGUUCAUCGAAGAUUUCACCACAUGCCUCGAUUCGCCAGACUGGCCUGCGGCAGAGCUACUUCUUCGACUGACAAUGUACAUAAUGUUCCAACAGGUGGAUGGCGACAAGAAUGCGGCACCCGCAAGAAAUAUGGCCUUGGAACUUCUUGGUGUUAUGGCCGCGGCCAUUUCAAAACUACGAUAUCAUGUCCGGAAGACCGCUUCCAAUUUUGAGGGCAGCGAUCCGGAUGAGCUCGGCCGGUGGUUGGCCGACCUAACCUUGAAUGUUCUUGAGGGGAACAUGUCCAUGGACAAGGCAGUCAGCUGGUUAGGACCGUAUCGCGUGGUUCUGGAGUAUCUGCAAGAUCGCUUAGGCGACGAUCCCUAUCUUAAAGGCGCUAUCUCAUACCUCAUAACAGAUUGGGGGGUACAGGUCAGCACUGGAUACGACGCGGUUGGGGUGGAGGAGUCAGAAGAGCGUGAUUCCGAGUUCGGAAGGAUCGCGUUUCGUCUUCGCAAUAUGAUUGAGGAUCCGAAAUGGCUAUCGCGAGAGUAUAGCUUCAAGUCGGUUGUCUCCAGCCAUGCUAGGCUCUCCUACUCGAUCAUUCUACUGCGGUCGAGUUUCUGUGCGUCGUUCAAGAAUAUCCUGAAUAUUCUUAUGGGGUCAAUGACUACCGAUCAGGCGACGGUGCGUAGUCGAAGUCUCAAGAGUAUCAAUCUUGUGCUUGACACGGACCCAGCCAUUCUUGAUGGCGAGAGUGUCUUCAUACAAUUGAUCCUUCAAUGCUCUAGUGACUCCUCGCCUCAAGUACGCGAUUCGGCAUUGGGCCUUAUUGGAAAAUGCAUGAACAUGCGGCCUAAGUUAGAAGAGAAAAUGACACCCACUGUCAUUCAGAGGUUCACCGAUACUGGGAUAGGUGUGAGAAAAAGAGCAAUGAAAUUAGCUAAGGAUAUCUACCUUGGCAACGAUAGUAAAGCAGUUCGGAGUACUAUUGCAAACGGGCUCCUGCUCAGGACGCAGGAUCCGGAUGAGGGUGUGCGAGAACUUGCCAGACAGAUGAUAGAGGAAGUCUGGAUCUCUCCAUUCUACAAAGAGGACGAUUCAGUCGCGUUCAAGCAAUCUUUGACUGACCACGUUACUCUCAUGGUUCAGACAGUUAAGUAUGGGAAUACUGCGCACGUCCUCGAUAAGGUUUUCCAAACAAUACUUUCACCCGAGUCCAAGCUUGCCGAAGCUAACUCUAGGGUUUGCACAAGACUUGUUGCUAACUUAGUCGACCUGAUCGGCAACCCCGAAUCCGACGAUCCAUCAAUACCGUCUAGCAGGGACGCAUUUCAAGUUCUCUCGAUAUUCGCAAAAGCCGAUCCCAAGCUAUUCACUUUCGAACAGAUCCGGCAGUUAGAGCCUCAUAUUGCUAGCGUCGGCACAAGCGAGGAUCUCGCAGUUUCAAGAGCCGUUGUCGUCAUAUAUCGUCGUGUGCUCCCGCGGGUAUCCAGCGUACACUCGAAGUUCCUUGCCGAUGUCCGGAAAGUUCUGAUGCCUGCUGCCUCAAAAGUUACGAGAGCACUUCUUGACGAUGUCGUUGCCUGCCUUUGGAUCAUCAGCGAGCUUCUUCAGACGUCCGAGCCUCUUGCACGUUUAGUUAUAUCAUGCCUCAAAGGUAUCCAGUCAAUGAGUGGGAAAGUUCAGCUCGACCAGACGAAGAUCAGGAAGUUUGAUCGGUACUCUCUAAUCACCGGAAUGAUCGGGAAGCACUGCAAUUUAGACAGUCAUGCGGAACGUUUCAAGUCUGAACUUAACCUCCCGAAAUGGAAGGACUCUGUCUCAAAACUUAUGGUGGAUAUUCUAGUCCCUUUCGCGAGUCCUUCCCAACCCGUCGAUGCAAGGCGGCCAGCACUGGAUGCCAUUGGUCUCAUCUGUCAAUCCAAUCCUAGGAAUUACGUUGCCGCUAACGUCUACACGACAUUCCAAUUUGCAUUUGACGAGCGCAAACCAGUCUUGGAAUCAAUGGUCCUCCGAUCCUUUAGGGAGUUUCUUCUAGUAGAGGAGCAGCGAUCCGAACAAGCGGCAUCAUCAACAGGCAACGGCAAGGAAACCGUUAAGAAAGACUUGAAGGUAAUGGGUAGUACCAGCUUCGACGAUGUUGCGAGCGCAACCACUCAACGGUUUCUCAAGGAUAUCACUCGUAUUACACUAUCCGCCCAGGAUGAACACGCCUUUCUAGCCAUGGAAGUGUUGGCAAGUAUAAAUCGACAGGGUCUAGUGCAUCCAAAAGAGACCGGUGUUACUCUCAUUACGCUUGAGACCUGCCCAGUGCCUAGAAUUUCGGAGCUCGCAUAUCAUGAACACAGAGCGCUUCAUGAGAAAUACGAGAGCGUACUCGAGAGGGAAUAUGUGAAAGCCGUACAGUCGGCUUUCCAAUAUCAACGAGACGUUGUUAAAGACCUACGAGGUGCAACCGAAUAUCAGCACACUUUCACAUCCAAGCUACAUCUCCUCAUUGAAGUACUAAAGAUCAGCAAGUCGAAGAACCGUGUUAAAUUCCUCGAAAAGCUUGUUGGACAAGUUGACUUCGAUCCCGCUAAGUUACCGGUCGAUGAGACGCUGUCCUCGCUUGUCGAAUUUUCUCGCUUCAUCAUCGAAAAUCUUGCUUUCUUUGAAUUUAUUACGACUGGCGAGCUGCAAACUACAAUUACUGGGAUGGAGAAGAUUGUGACGGGGACGGGGUCGGCUAUAGCCCAGACCAUUGAGUCCGAGAUUUUCCACGUACGGAUGGAACCGAUCUCUGCUUCCCAGCAGCCAAUUGGUGCCGAGAUGCCACCCAUGGCGCCCGCACCUCCCCCUAUAGACCAUAGUCGGCUUCGCCAGUUGGCAGCCGGAUCAACUAUUCUCCUUGCUCUUUGGGAGGUGCGCACUUACCUGCGUCGGUUGUACGGAUUAAGUUCUACCCGACGCGAGAACCAUAAAGGCAAAGGCGCCUCGAAAGAUCUAACCAAGACUCCAGUUAAAAUCCAGGGAGUCACUGGAGAUAAAUUCUGGGACGACAUCUCUAGAAUCAUGUCUGCGCUGGAUACGCCAGAGCAAAUGAUGGAACAGUGCCGUGCGUUUGUAGAACUCUUGAACGUCGAUAAUGAAGUCAAGGUUCCAGACGAGGACGAGGAGUUUGAUCUUGAGGAAGACCCGGCGUCUCCAGACGCUGAAGGCGAGGAAGACAUGGGCGAACCUGAUCCCCGCGGUCGUAAGAGAAAGGCAGGAGGUGCUCCUGGUGGACGGAAGAAGCGAGCACGAUCUAACUCGAAACCCAGGGGUCGAGGUCGGCCCAGGAAGCAGAGUACAGAGGCCAUAGAGACGGAAUAUGAUGACUAAGGUAGACGACGAUCCAGAGUAGGCCCGAUCAAGAUCGACCGGCGUCGGUAUCUUUUCAUAGUACACACCCAAAUUCGGUCCUGUGCAUUUCCCUUCGUUGUUAUGCGAGAAUACCGAAUAUGGGUAACUCCAAAUGCACGCAUGGCGAUGGAGAAAUGGUUGCUUUACAUCAACUGCAUGGCGUGGUAGAGCUGACAUUUACGAGCAUGAAACCGGCGUUUACGAAAGGAAAAAAGGGAGAAAGGCGAAUGAGGUACCCGGAAAUUUGGAGGUGUGUGUUAUUUACUCGACAAGGGGGGGCAAUGAUGAUGAACCGGGACUGGCUGUUCGGACUUUGCUUUUUUUACAAUGAUACCUUGGUCUACUUUCUGUGAAACCUAGAAUAGGUUUUUGUGGCGGGUAGCUAUCGCUUUUGUGUGUUAGAUAAGUACCUAAUACCUAGGUAUCUAACUCCGCAACACUUGUGGAUGUGAAAAGUCCGAAAAUGAAAACAUCGGCUACUAAUCACCAAAUCAAGGCUUCCCCU